UAGUUUUUAGUGAUUAAAUUAUUAAUUUUUUAGUGCAAAUGGUGUAAUUAGUGUAUCGAAAAUGGAUAAACCAUGACGCACCCCAGCCAUGAGACCAACGGUGCCAGUUUAGAAGACUGUCAUACGAAUUUCUACGCUUUAACGGACCUUUGCGGCAUAAAAUGGCGUAAGUGGGUGUGGGGUGAAGUUGUCAGUUACUCUCCUGAUCCGUUACAAGAUCCGGUGCUAUCGAGUUAUUCGAGAUGUCUAAGCAACGACAUAUUGUGCGUUUGGCGGCGUAUCGGCAGUCCGCCAAAUUCGCAGACGCCCGGCGUGCCACCCGGUGGACCUUUGUUCGAUCCGUUGGCUGGACUUACGACGAUGGCGGCCCCUGUAGCUCCGACGCUCUCGUUGACGGUGGCUAAGGAAUUAUGGAUAUUUUGGUACGGCGAUGAACCGAGCUUCUCCAACGUGAUCAGUCCGGAGCUGUUGACAUCGAACAGUGGCGAACAAGGUUCGUGGGAAAGUGGUCUCAGUUACGAAUGCAGAUCUCUACUUUUUAAAGCUUUACAUAAUCUAAUAGAAAGGUGUUUAUUAUCUCAUGAUUUUGUUCGACUUGGCAAAUGGUUUGUUCAACCGUACGAUGGUUCGAAAAAGUUGAUCGAAAACAGCAGCACACAUCUGUCCAUAUCAUUUUCAUUUUUCGUUCACGGAGAAAGCACAGUAUGUACGAGUAUCGACGUACGUCAACAUCCUCCAGUACGUACGCUGGUCAAAGAGCAUUUAGAACAAAUGCAAUCUGGCGCCCAGUCAACUCAGCCGAUUCAAGUGAUCCUGGCACCUUUUGGUUUGGUGGGUACGUUGACGGGGCAGACGUUCAAAGCGGAAGAUGCGCAUACGAAGAGAUUGCUAGAAGAAUGGAAACAAUUUUAUCCUAUUAAUAUUAAUAGCGUUCAUACCGUUGAACCGGUAGUCGAAGUAGUUUUAUCCGGCGUCAAAGCGAAAUAUCCAUCUUGUUAUGUGUUGGUGACGGAUAUGGACGACUCGACGGCGAAUUUUUACGGUAAUCCGGGACCCAGUGUUAAGAAUUCCAAUCAGCCUGUUUCGGGUGUGCCCGUUACAGUUGUUCCGUUACAUCAGCAUCAUCCAGAAUCGAUGGCGCAUCCUUAUUCGCCAGCUACGGUUUUGCCUGAACGUGCGUGGCAAGAUAGCAUAGUUUCGUUACCGGAAACGCCGCCGAUAUCACCUUGUCACACUCCGUCGCAGCAACAACAACAACAGCAACAACCAACGCAGCAGCCGCAACAACAACCCCAACAGCAACAGCAACAACCUCAGCCGAUUGCUGGUCCAUCGAACGAGAAUUUGCCAAAUUCAGAAUGCACGUCGUCUUCUUCGGGGCUGUGGAAUUUCAACGAUCCGACCAGAAAGUCAACGUGUUAUUGUUUCAAACACUCGUUCAACUCGAAACAACAUCCGAACAGCGGCCCGUUCUCAUAUCAACAAUCCAACAGUUUCGCAUCCUCGCAAUCUCAAAAUUCGUCCGGUAGCGCCGCCGGUAGCGGGGUAGGCAAUCUUAAUGAUACUUGUAAUUCGUUACCUAUGAACACACCGCCCUCGAUUACACCUUCGCCUCUACCAAAUCCGAAUUCCUCUCAGCCGUCGUCGGUGCCGACUAUGUCCGAUCCGACGAUGCCUACCCUUAGUCCGCAGCAUCCAUCCUCGCAACCGCCACCCACGCCGCAUUCCGAUGAUAAAAUACCGCGUACGCCGUCUGAAUUUCAGGGACCCAAGUCGGUCUCGUCUACGUCUAAUCAGAUUUACUCGCCGUAUCCUUCGGCGCCAAGUAUAGAAAAUCAAGGCAGCGUUAAACCAGAUAUCAGUCGGCCUAGUAGUGUACAAUUAGUGAAUACGUUACCGUCGCAAUCUACUCCGCGUCCCGAAACGCCUUUAAUUUCGUUGAAACGUCCACAGCUGGCGUCUAAAGAAUACGAAAAUGCUCUCUUGGACGACGAAACGCCGUCCACCUUGUUGUACGAUUAUUCGUUAUUUGAUGCUUGGUUAAACCAUCCUGUUAAGAAAUUCAAAGUAGCCGAACCUAAAGUCGAACCGGCAGAUAGGAAUCCGAUUAGGAAACUGAUGUCGCAAAGCUCGAGUUUCGGUUAUAAUAAUAAUAGUAGCAAUAGCAGUAGCAGCAGCUCAUCGGCGUAUCCGGCUCGAACCUUGAAUUCACCUCCGGAACAAUUAUUCAUCAAGCAGGAGCCGAAUGAGGUGAAUGCUGCGGAUGUGGCGAGUAGUAGUAGUAGUAAUAAUGUCGCAAAUAGUGCAAUACGUUUCAAAAGCGAUCCGUUCAGCUUCGAGGAUGGCGCCGGAUUGAAUAUAGAUACCUUUAAUAAAAGAUCUGCGUCACCGUUGAAUAAGCAGGAGGAAGAUAAAAAAUUAUUCGAACAAGUUACUAUCAAUGGCUCGAAAUGUACUCCGAAUAACCUAUAUACUAACGAAGGACUUACCGCCUCGUACAAAGAUCUCGAUCAAAUUUUCGAAAAUUCGGACGACACUUCGAGCGACGAAACAGCCUUACAGGUACAAACGCCUCCUGGAUCGAAUAAACCGGCCGGUUCGGACGAAUGUUACAGCAGCACAGCAACGCUGUUAGUGAGACCUCCAAGAGGUAGUGGCGGCGGCAAUAACGGUAUCCUCAGGCCGGAAGAGUUAUCUAAAAUGUUCCCAACACCUCCAUCGUUGGAGCAUAACCCUAUAGCGUCGCCAUGCGGUGGUCAUCUUUCCGAUACCCCCGGUAGCGAUCCGGCCGACUACGUUAUGCCGUUGAGUAAUACUCGAUACAAGCAGGAGAUCUGUCCCAGUAUGGGUAGUCCUCACGACGAAGGCAUCGAUGAUUGGAGUUUCGUUUUUGUUCCUCCGGUUUGCGCCAAGAUGGUGGGAUCGUCGAAAUACGCGCCGCUGACUAAUUUACCUAGUCAAAGUUUACCGCCUGUUACCUUACCGUCGAACGCCGUCUAUAAGCCGACGUAUUAUUAUAAUCAGCAUCAAGAGAAAUCUAAAGCACCGAAUAACAAUUCCAUGAACGUCAUUCCGUCGUCAUCGAACGCCUCGUCGAUAGCGGCCAACUCGGCAGCGGCUGCAGCAACACCAGGUCCGUCCGGUGUCGGUAGCUCGGGCGCCGGAAGCAGCGGUCUGCAGUCUCCAUUACGUCCGCCUAGCGCGAUGAUGUUACCGCAUCAACCGGGUACGCCGCACCAUCAUCACAUACCACCGUCGCCGCACCACUCUCAUCACUCGUUAGUACCUUCGCCGCACAACGCGAUGCAUCCGCACGCCGGCAUGCAUCCGCGCAUGGGCCUAUCGCCGAUCAGUCCAAGUCCAGGUCCGUAUCCGCCUAGUCCGAUGAUGCCGUGGCAGCAACAGUAUCGCGCUGGUGGCGUACGUACCCCGUGUCAGCCUCCUCCACCUUAUAGUCCGGCCAGCUCGGCCGGGUCGUCGUAUUUGAACAAGAACGCAGUCGGCUCAGAGCCGGGUAAUUCGACAGCCGCAACUAUGCUCAGACCUCCCGAAGCGAAUUCGCUCGUCGUGAACAUCCUGUUGAGUGACACGCUGUUGAACAUAUUCCGCGACCAUAAUUUCGAUAGUUGUACGUUAUGCGUAUGCAACGCCAGCGCCAAGGUAGUCGGCAAUAUCAAAGGAAGCGACGCCGGAACGUACUUGCCGCAAUCGAUCAGUUCGAACAUGUCGCCCUAUCCUCCUUAUUCGCCGGCACCGCAUCAUUUCGUCGACGAAGAUUCCAUCCGGUGCAGCUGCGGUUUCAGCGCUGUUGUGAACAGGCGGCUGUCUCAUGCGGCUGGUUUGUUCUUGGAAGACGAAGCCGAAAUUACCGGUAUACUGGAAGAACCGUACGAAAAAGACGAUCUGAACGGAGCCGCGUCGGGCGUCAUUGAUCUGGUACGCGAGCAGUGCGUCAUCGUACAUAGUUCGUGCAACGCGCUAUAUCGAGCUGCCCGACAGUACAAGCAACGCGUCAAUACUCCGGUUAUCAAUAUGCUAGAAUUCCGAGAUACCAACGAGAUCGCUUUGUUGGCCUUGGAGCAAGGCCGUAUCGCGCAUCUGGAAGCGGCCACUGUCUCCAUGUGUAAGGUCGACGAUAUGGGUAACCGACAACAAAUGAUGCAGCAUUGCGGCGGUGUUAACAACAGAUACCAUUGUAUCCAUAGAUGGCCGUUCUACCGCGCCAAAGGACCUCGGUGUAAUCAAGAUAUCAUUCGCGUCAUGAAAAUACUACAACCGUUGUUGCAAGACGCCAUACAAAAGAAGUGUUCUACUAGGCUGUGGGAAGCACCGUAUACCGUUACCGGACCAUUAACGUGGAGACAAUUCCAUAGGCUCGCUGGACGAGGCACCGAUGAUCGAUGCGAACCGCAACCUAUACCGCCGGUUGUGGUGGGUCAUGACAAAGAUUGGUUAUCAGUGUCACCGUAUACGUUGCAUUACUGGGAGAAAUUAUUGCUAGAACCGUACUCGUACAGCAGAGAUGUGGCGUAUAUUGUAGUUGCUCCUGAUAACGAUUUUGUUUUACAAAAAACCAAGAUUUUCUUCAAAGAGCUUAGCUCCUGUUACGAGAUAUGUCGCUUAGGAAGGCAUAGUCCUAUAUCUAAAGGAUGUAUCGAUGGUAUACUGCGCGUAAGCAAAAAUGCGGCUGUGAAAUUACCAAAAGAACCAGUCGAUGAAUGGUUCAACAUGUUAGCGGAUAAUAGUACGACUGCUAUGUUAAGAUUAUAUACUCACGUGUGUAAGCAUUUCCUAGUAUCGCAAUUGAACGGCGUCACGCUGGAUUCAUCGUUGUUCGACGGUCCAGAUAGCGGGUCCAAGAGCACUUCGAGUAACAACGUCAAUAGACCUACUCCUUCGCCGAUGCCUCCUCCGCCGUCAACGACGCCGGAUAGUUCGAUAGGCAGCGUACAAAGUAACUCGGAGAAACCACCUACGACACCGAAAUCCGAGCCAAAUGACGAAUGCAGUAGAAAUGAAUCGACGCCGACUUCGAACAGUUCGUCGUUUUUGAACGAUUCAACGAGUCAUGACGAUGACGACGUCGAUCCUCCGGCCAUAGUCAUUUAUUUAGUGGAGCCGGUAUCAGUGAGCAGCGACGACAGUGAUACGCAUCGAUUAGCUUGUUUGGCAUUACUGCGGUGCUACAAUAACGUGCUUUCCGUGCUACCCGAACAAAUACGUAGUAAUAUUACGGUCCAGAUUAUCUCCUUAGAAAGUAUUUUAGAAUUAGGACGAAGCGGUGAUCGAAAUCGUCAUUGCGACGAAAUGAGAGCGCUGGCUUUAUCGGUGUUCUCGCAGUGUCGUAGAUUGCUCACACAUUCUUCCAAUGUUAAAGCGUUGACCGGAUUCGGAACGGCAGCGAUGACUGAUCUCUUUUUGAAGAGCAAAGACGAGAAAAAUAAAGCGGCCUAUAAAGCGUACUGUCCACCUUACAUAUUAUCAAAAAGUCGUGAAAAAUUACGAAGCGGCCACGAGAAUUCAGAUUGCGGCGGUAAUGGCGUCGGCAACAGCGUUCUGUCUUCCGAUCAACAAUGUUCCAUUUUAUACGUUACCUAUUGUUUGUCUGAAGACCAAAAGUGGAUCCUCGUUUCGGCUAUCGAUAGUCAAGGUAUCAUUUUGGAGACUACUACCAUCAACAUUCAUAUACCAAAUAGAAGUCGCAGAAGAAAAGCACCUGCUCGGCGGAUAGGCUUACAAAAAGUGAUGGAUUUCAUAUUGGGCGUGAUGUCGCAGAGCGUUACACCAUGGAGAUUGGUAGUAGGUCGUGUCGGUAGAUUAGGUCACGGAGAAUUGAAAGGCUGGAGUUGGCUGCUGAGUCGAAAAUCAUUAGUGAGAGCUUCGAAGCAGCUGAAAGAAAUCUGCGGCCAAUGCAGUCUGCUGUACCCGACGGACGUACCGUGUAUUCUGAGCGCUUGUCUAGUCUCAUUAGAAGCGGAUUCGACGUUACGUGUGAUGCCGGAUCAAUUCACACCCGAUGAGAGGUUCAGUCAGACUUCGGUGAAUUGCCAGCUAUCGACGCCGCACGACGUCACCUGUACUCAUAUUCUAGUAUUUCCUACAUCGGCAACUACUCAGUCCUCACAAACUGCUUUUCAAGAGCAACAAAACAACGGACCAGAUUUAGGCGACGAAGAUAUUCUGAUGGCGUUAAAUGACGAUAUGCCGGAUGGGAUGGGCGAUUUCAAUGAUUUCCUCAGUUCAUGGCCCGGUACGGAUACGGCUGCAGUCCGUAGUCCGACCGGCAGUCCUAGAGGUGCAGGAAGAUCACAGCCCGGUAGCCCGUGCGAUCUCGGCGAUCCGAACGAUCAACGUAGUCCGUUCCCGUGCAAUGGUGAUCCGUUACGAAAUGGCGCUGGCGGUGCAGAUAUGCAAGAAGAAGUUGGCACCUUAUUACAACAGCCGUUGGCUUUGGGUUAUUUCGUUUCGACGGCGCCUACCGGACGUAUGCCGAAAUGGUUCUGGUCAUCGUGUCCACAUUUGGAGAACGUCUGUCCGGCUUUUUUGAAGAGUGCUUUACACAUGCACACGACGCAGCAGAAUUCCGACGAGUUACUACAGCAGUCGUCCGUUUCUGGUCAUCCGUUAGAUUCGCAGUUUACUACAGAUGUUUUAAGAUAUGUGUUGGAAGGUUACAAUUCUUUAUCUUGGCUAGCCAUCGAUUCCAAUACGCACGAUCGUCUUUCAUGUCUUCCCGUACAUAUGCAAGUACUGAUGCAGCUUUAUCACAUGAUGUCGGCCCUUAUAUGACGAGAUCUACUUAGAAAUAUCUACAAUUACUUUCCUCUUCACUGGUUUUUUAUUCACUUUUUUGGAUUUUCCUCUCCUAGUUUUCAAAUUGCCCAAAAAUAUUACUCUUGUACAAAAUGUAUACGGUUUUUCCUUUCCGGCGAAAGAAGUAACGACGUGAUUUGGUUUGAUUUCCAACGAAACAACGGAUAACCAUUCAAAAGGAUCGGAUAAAUCAAUUGCUAUAGUUGUGUUUGUUUCGUCGAUUGUCUUCUCCUCCCUUUUUUUUAUUCGCUUUUGUAUUUCCUCCUUACUAUUUUCCUAUUUUGUUACGUUAGUUUUACGUACCUACAUAAAUAUAAUUGUACCUAAUUAAUCUCUUCGAAGGAGUGAUCGCGGAUCGCGUUUCAGUGCAAUAAUGGGUUUUAUUUCUAUUACUUCCCAGUACGUGAAUUUUUUACCUAAAGAAAAAAAUACAGAGUGUGAUUUGUAUAAUUUUGAAUAUUCGCCUGAUUUUUUUUUUUUUUACUUUGAAACGAGUAAUUCGUUAUUUUGAACGAAUUAUUCCGUUAUGUUUUUUUUUAAAAAAAGAAGAAUUUCAUGUGUAAAAAAUAAUAGUACAAUAGUGCGAAAAAAUCGAUGGAUUUGUAUUUUUUCACGUUGAAUAUAUUUUACAUAUUUUUUUUUAAAAAAUGAAACACUUUUACACCAUCACAAAUACACACAUUCGUACAACGAAUAACAAAAAGCAUCGUGUGCCGAUGAACGUCGUUCUUAUUUUCCUAAUUUUUCCAUUGUAUCAUUUAAUAUGGGGGCCAAUAUUCUUUUGUACAAAAGCCAGCCUUCCUCUGAACGUGUCGAGACGCCGAAAGAGUGAGGAGUAUUUCUAGUAAAAAAAAGUUGAAUACUAUUUUUUUAUCGCGCUGUUUUUACGAUGUAUUAUUUUUGUAUGUUAAUAACGUUGUAUCGCCGUUUAUACGGUAUUUUAAUUUACUUUUUUUUUCUGCGGACAUUAUUCAGGGUGUUAAUUAAUUUUUGUAAAAAAGAAAAAAGAAACGCCAAAAAGACGGAUAAAGAAAAACUGUCGACAGUAUUUUCGAGCAUAUUGACUGAAUUACGCGUUUUACCGGAGAAUAGGUCUACUUAUUAUAUAUCUGAAAGACGUACGUGUAUCUCAUAUAUGUCUUCCUUUGAAAAAAUAUUUUUUUAAUGGCGCUUCUAGUCAAAAUAUAUAAGAUAAAAUUGGCCGAUUUCAUGAAAAUUAUAAUAGCAAUUUUAAUUCGAAAACCAAACCGAAUGAGUAACACGUUGUUUUGUUUUGUUAUGUUUUUUCUUCUUUAUUUCUCUGUCUUUUGAAUAAUUACUGAAAGUUUACCGAAGGUGCUAACGAGUAUGAGAUGUGUAUAAAAGGCGGAAGUAUUUCAACAAAAGUUUACUUUUGCGGUUUUUUUCUCGCCUUUUGUUUAAGAAUUUGAAAGUUUAUUGCAUUAUUUUAAUUUAGUGUAUAUUUACGUGUAAUGUACUGUGUAUUCCAAUGUACUACGAAGCUGAGGAAAGAAAAAAAUAAGGUGAAUUUUUAAAUUCGAAAGGUAAAUACUACUUAUUUAGAACCAAAGAUUUAAUUUACCUUAAGGGUUCGUUUAUCAAACGUGUUUUUAUUCGUUGUUGAUUUUAUGCACAAAAUAAAAAGAGAGCUUCUCUUUUUAUUUGAAAAAAAUAGCUUGUUUUUUUUUGUAUUGUGAGAAAAAAUUACACUCGCCGUGUAUAUAGUCGUAAGUUAUUGUAUUAUUGUAUUAUAAAGUGAAGAAAAAGGGUUGUAUAAUUUAUUUAUUUACUUUUUUUUUUUAGUAAAUUACCAACCAUUUUUUUGUAAUGUAAAUGCGCUAAUUAUUGAGAUUAUUAUUGAAUUAUUUCCGUAAUUGAUGAAGUACAAACCCAUAUUUAUUAAUGUUCUUUUUUUCUCUUUUUUGUUUUUCAUCGUGAAUGUAUAUUUUAUGUAAUUUUAGGUAAUGAAUUUUAGUAAAUUGUUGAAACCAUGUGUAGAAAAUUUUUUAGAGGGUUGUCAAAUUUACGAUGGUGUAUGUAUGUACGAAGUUGCGAUAUGUAUACUGUUUCGUUUUAUUCGUUCGAUUUUUUUUUUGUUUUUUUUUUCUUGAAUGUCUGCUCGCCUGUGUAUAUAGGUAUGUUAAUGUUAAGCGAGUCGGACGAGUUUAAAAAACCUAUAGUAAAUAUUGAUACUUGUAUUUUUAAUUUUAAAAGAAAAAGUGGAAGAACUGAUUCAUGUUUGUACAUUGUAUUGUUUUAUUUUACUAUUAAAAAAAUUAUGUUUA